UUUCAACGCCGGCGUAGCGACUAGCGCGCGUCUUCUUCCCGCUGAGUCUCUCUCCGUCUAUCUUCGAGCCAAGCGAGAUGCAACUCCAGAGCCAAGCUGGAGUGAGCUCUCACUCCCCGAUGUUCUCACUCGUCUCUCUGCGACCCAGUAUCCAAUCCCAAUUCUUCUUCCCCAACCAGCGCCACCCACUUCGCCACCGCUCCUUAAAUUGCUCCAUUUCCGCCACCGCCGCCACCGCCGCCACCGCCGCCGUCUCUUCUGAGCCUGCCACCGUCGUCCUGGGUUCUCCGCAACACAAGCCCUUCCCCGCUGAGGUCUCCAGAACCAUCGUGGAGUUGUCCUCCGUCGCCACUCUCUCUACAGUCACGCAACAAGGCUGCCCUCUGGGCGUCAGCGUUCGCUUCGCUGUGGAUGACGAAGAUGGGACUCCAGUUCUCUGCUUGGCCGAUUCCCUUGGAAUCAUCUCUCACGACAGGAGGUCUAGCCUCAACAUUCGGCUGGAGCAGAGCGGAAUGCGGACUUCUCAGUGCACGAUUCAGGGUAGUCUAGAGAAGCCAGAGGAUGCAGGGCGGUUGAAGAGGCUUCUUUCCUCGUGGAGGAAAAGAUUUGGAGAAGAAGUUAAGGAAGACCUCGUAUACAUUGUUGAGGUCGAGAGAGUACUACAGAUGGAAGACUUCAUGGAGGAUGGCAUGUGGGUCUCCUCAUCAGACUACAAAAAUGCUCUUCCUGAUCCUCUCAGGAACUCUGCCGAAGAAUUCGUCAAAGAGAUAAAUGCCAAGAAUAUGGAAGAUGUCAACAGAUUUUGCAAUGUAUAUGUUGAUCUUGAUUUCCAGGUUUCUGAAGCAAAGAUGAUAUGGAUUGAUAGGCUAGGUUUUGAUGUGCGACUUACCUCUACUGAGAAGGACUCUUUCGAUGUCCGAAUCCCGUUCCCAAGAGAAGUUACUGAUGAGAAAGGAGCUAAGUCAUCCUUCAAUGGCAUGUCCCAGCUGGCAUGGGAAGUGGAGAAAAAUUAUCAAGCUCCAGCUUUUGAGAAAGUGAAACAGUUGAAGCAGAUAAGUUUGAGAAGAUUGUAACAAAUCAAUUUACUAUGGUCCCUUUAGCAUUCCUUGUAGAGAUGAGAUGUAAACAACUUUUGCUGACCUAUCUACCAGAUUUUGUUAUUUGGUGCUUUGGUUCAGACUUCUAUGAAAAUUGAAAAAUGAGGUUGUAUAAGUUUUAUUCCUUCCCUAAUAUAUCAUUAGAUGUACU